AUGGAAAAAAAACAUUUUGAAUCUAAAAAAGAGCUUCUAUUUGAGUCGACCUCACUCGGGUCAACGCGACUCCGCUUUCCAUGUAACGCUCCUUGGAUCUCCAAUCGCAAGAUUGCUGUUCACUUGAAAGACACUGUAAAGGACUUUGCUGUUCAGGAGGGGUUUGCCAUCAAUGUUGAGGCUGUAGAUAACAGGAGGUAUACUGUGAUAUGUAACUCUGAAGCAUGUGGUUGGAGAUUGCAUGCUAGCAGAUUACCUGAUGGUAGGACAUGGGCUAUUAAAAAGAUAUGGCCAAGUGAGCAUAUGUGUAGGGGGUUGGAGACUUAUAAUCCCAUAUGUAAUGUUAAGUGGGUUGCUAAUAAGGUUAUGGAGGACAUUAGAGCUAACCCAAGCAUUCCUGGUAAAUCACUUAAUGAGUUGUUGUUUCAGAGGUUUGGAGUUUACUUGAAGCAGGCAACUUUAUACAGGUUAAAGAAUUAUGUGAUCAGUGUAUUGUUUGGAGGGCAUGAUGAGUCAUACUCAAAGUUACCAAUGUAUGUUGAAGUUGUCAAACACACUAACCCAGAGUCUAAAGCUUUUGUUGCUUGGAGGCAGACAGAGUACAUUGACAAACACCUUCUCUUUAGCAGCAUAUUCAUCUCUUUUACUGGGCAGUGGAAAGGGUUUCUUAGGGGAUGCAGACCUUUAAUUGGUGUGGAUGGUACACAUCUAAAAGGAAACUAUGGUGGUAUAUUGCUUACAGCAGUUGGAUUGGAUGGAAAUAAUAAAAUAUUUCCUAUUGCAUAUGCCAUAGUGGGCCAAGAAGAUAAGGAUAGCUGGUCAUUUUUCUUCUGGCAUUUGUUGAACAUUGUGAAAGAGUCCUCAAGGAAGCAUUGGACCAUCAUUAGUGACAGGCAAAAGGGUGUUGACUUAGCUUUGACUCAGAUAUGGCCUGAAGCAGACAGGAGGUAUUGUUGUAGGCAUUUGAGCAGAAAUUACAAAAAAGCUUUUCCUGGACCACUUAUGUACAUCUUGUUCUGGAGGGCUUGCAAUGCCACAUCAUUUUUCACCUUUAGGAAAGCCAUGGAAAGGCUUAAAAAAGGAGGAGGGGAUGAGGUGAUGAAAUGGUUUGCUGAUCUGGGUGAGCAAUCCAGGUGGACCAAGCACAAGUUUGAUCCCAAUGUCUGUAAUGAUUCAAACACCUCAAAUUUUGUGGAAAGUUUCAACUCCACACUAGGAAUUGACAGGUGCAGACCUAUUCUUACACUACUUGAAGGAAUAAGAAGAGUUUGCAUGGUGAGACUUGCAACUAGAUAUGAAAAUGGCAUCAGUUGGAAGGAAGAUGACAUUUGCCCUAAGAUUGCAAAAAUGGUAAAGAAGAUUGGCAAAGCAAGCUCAACAUGUAAGGCAUUCAAGUCUAAGCCUGGGGAGUAUGAGAUACAUGAGGGAAGGUCUCAAUUCCCUUUAAGUCUGAAUCAGAAAGUAUGUUCUUGUGGGGCUUGGCAACUAUCAGGAAUACCUUGUAGGCAUGCAAUCAGAGCACUAGUUGAUACCAAAUUAGAUCCUCAUGCAUAUGUCAGUUCAUGGUUUUCUGUCAAGACAUAUAGGCAAGCUUACAGAGUUGGUACUAACCCUGUUCCUGAUACAGAACAAUGGCCAGAAAGUCAGAAUGAAAGAAUUAUAUUGCCACCAAAGAUGAAGAGGGGUAUUGGAAGACCUAGCUGGAACUAA